AUGCAAACUUGGCUGUUCAGUCGCAUGUGCCGACUCGGUUUCCGAGCCGCAAGCUCCGUGAGCCGGGCCACGCCCCGAGGAUGGAAAACAUCAGCAGUGUGCAAGGGCUGGCCCUCUCAGCACAGGAUGAGCAGUUCCCAGAGUAGCCCUCGAGAUCCCAGCAUGCCCAGUGAAGAACUACCAAAAAUGGCUGGCCGACCCCAAAACCGCAUCGCAGCUGCGUAUUACCGAGGCGGCACGUCGCGAGCCAUCAUGUUCAACCAAAAGGACCUCCCGACAGACAAACAAGCAUGGGGCCCGAUUUUCCUAGGCGCCAUAGGCAGCCCGGACCGGGGCUACUCGAGGCAGCUGGACGGGAUGGGCGGUGGCAUCUCCAGCCUUUCCAAGGCGUGCGUGAUCGGCCCACCCACCGUGCCGGAUGCAGACGUGGACUAUACAUUCGCCGCGCUGGGGGUGUUUAACAGCAUUGUCGACUACUCGAGCAACUGCGGCAACAUGAGUGCCGCCGUGGGGCCUUUUGCCGUCGACUCGGGCCUGGUCCCUGUGCCGCCGGAGACGGUGCUAAAGGUCGUGAAGGAAGCGCUGUUGACGCCCGACGACGGCACCGAGACCAUGGUUACCGUGCGCAUACACAACACGAAUACGGGGAAGAUCAUCAACGCGACUUUCCCAAUCGUCCCCGGCGAUGCCGACGCCCCGAGCGGCGUCGAGGCUGCAUCGCACGGCGCGUUCACCAUCGACGGCGUGGCCGGCAGCGCGGCACCUGUCAAGUUGGAUUUUUUGCGACCGGCGGGAUCACGAACGGGAAAACUGCUGCCGACGGGGAACUUGGUCGAUCAAAUGGAAACGCCGUUUGGUAUGGUGCGAGUAACGCUCAUCGAUGUAGGCAAUCCGUGCUGCUUCGUGUCCGCCGCGGACUUGGGCGUCGAGGACCCGACAAUGAAGGACGACGCAAUCAACAGGGACGGGGAGUUGUUGUAUAGGCUCGAGGAGGUCAGGCGACGUUCGGCUGUCAUGAUGGGGCUCGCAACAUCUACCGAUGAUGUAGAUGGGAGCGUGCCCAAGAUUGGGUUUGUGUCUCGCCCAACUUUUGACUCAAAGGGCGCCGCCGUCGUCGUGCGGGCCAUGUCGGUGUGGCAACCUCACAAGGCGGUUCCGGUAACUGUUGGUCUUGCCUUGGCAGCCGCUGCAAAGCUCGGUGGAAGUGUUGUUGCCGACUGUGUGGUGGGUAGCCGGCCGUCAGUGGAUGGCUACGAUAGCAUCGACGUCCACCACGCAAGCGGUACUUUGACGGUCGGGUCCAAGUUUGAUGCUGACGGUAGCCUGGAGAGAACUUCUCUGAUACUCGAGUAUGUACAGGGCCUCGAUCACCAGACGGAUGUCAUCAUGGAACUCGCUUUCAACCUCGCAUUUCUAGUCUGGAUCUUGCUGUUCAUUGCCAGCCAUUGA